AUAUUUCACAAAUCCAGUUUCCGGUUCAAUAUGAAUGUUCUUCAAAAUUUAAAUUCUACAGAUCAUCUUAUUUAAGAGCAAAGUUUUUGUUAAUUCAAUAAUAAAAGAAGCACCAAAAUGAUUGAAGAAUAUUUUGACGAAGAUAAAAUGUUAGUAUAUAAUAAAUUUGGUAAAUAAACCAGCAUCUUUUGUUACCUGCAUAAUAAUACACGCAUGACAACACAUGUUCCGCUCCAUUUGUUUUGUUGCAAAUCACGACAUCUAUUAAAUUUUCCAUCAUCAAACAUAUGUCUAUAAUAUGAGUCCAUUAACAGUAAAAAUUGAAGAGCGGCCAUAAUGCCGAAAUAUUCUUACAUGCCUGUUUUAACGUUCGAUCCUGAUAUUGAAACAAAAAUGCCAAGAAUUAAGGAUUACAAUCAAUUUGAAGAUAGAAUGGGUAUGACGGUCACGUCAGGAACGACCACCUUACGUAAAAGCGAUCAGAAUCUCGUAGGAAUCUCGAUUGGUGGUGGAUCUCCAUUAUGCCCUUGCGUUUUUAUCGUUCAAGUUUUUGAUAAUACACCAGCGUCUAUAGAUGGCACUUUAGCAGCUGGAGAUGAAAUAGUGGCUAUAGAGGGAAAAAGCGUUAAAGGGAGGAGUAAAGUUGAAGUUGCAAGAAUGAUUCAAAGUGUCAAGGAUUGCGUAAAAAUCAAUUAUAAUAAAUUGCAUGCAGACCCCAAACAAGGGAAGACUUUAGAUAUUGUACUAAAGAAGAUUAAACAUAAAGUUGUCGAAGGAAUGAGUGCAUCAACAGCUGAUGCACUUGGACUAAGCAGAGCUAUAUUAUGUAAUGAUUCUUUAGUAAAAAAGCUAGGUGAAUUAGAAAGAACUGCGGAAAUGUAUAAAGGAAUGGUUGAUCACACAAAGGAAAUAAUAAAAUGUUUUCUUGAAUUGUCAAAUUCUCAUAGAGAUUUCGGGGAUAUAUUCUCUGAAAUAGGAGUAAGGGAACCUCAGCCUGCAGCUUCCAAAGCUUUUUCUACGCUUGGUGAAGCUCAUAGAAAUGUUGAAAAAUCCGCUCUACAGUGCCUUUCAAAGGUUAAACCAGUUGUUCAAGAUUUGAAUACAUUUCUUAACAAGGCUGUACCCGAUACUAAGCUAACAGUGAAGAAAUAUUUGGAUGUAAAGUUUGAGUAUUUAUCUUAUUGCUUGAAAGUGAAGGAGAUGGAUGAUGAAGAAUAUGCAUUUAAUUCUUUAGGAGAACCUCUCUAUAGAGUUGAAACUGGAAAUUAUGAAUAUCGACUGAUUUUAAGAUGUAGACAAUUAGCUAAAAAGAAAUUUGCUAAUCUUAGAUCUGACGUUUUAGUAAAGUUAGAAUUAUUAGAUCAGAAGCAUGUUCAAGAUGUUGUUUUUCAAUUACAAAGAUUAAUUACAGCAAUGAGUAGUUAUCACACAGACUGUCACGAGAUUUUAAAAGGGGCCCAACUAUUUCCGAUAGAGGUUGAUCUAGCUCAGUCGACCCUUUCGUACACAAAUACCGAUGAUAAUCAUCCGGAUGAAGAUGGUGACGAAGAUGGUGAAGAAGUUGAUGAACAAUCGCACACGAGGGUCACUAGGCCUGAUAUAAAUGACUUAUUUGCUGAAGAAGCUAUUGAAGCAAAAGAAACUGAGGAACCAAGAGAAGAAGAAACAGAAGAUAAUGCAAAUACUCCGCUUAUUUCAAUUGAUUAA